UGCGCUUGAUUCGUAAGUGUGCUUUAGAAUAGCGCGUGUGAUUUGAGUAGGUUUCUGGAAUUUGGGGGUUUAGGGAUUUCGAACAUUUGGUAUUUUGUGCCCCAUAUUAAUGUUCUUGCUAAGUCUACCUGAUAUUAGUUUUGCAUCUGAGAUUACUAGUUUAGUCACUCCAAUCUUAUCUCAUAUGGAGGGAUGAUGACGAAGAAAGUUUGGGUCUUCGUGGGUGUAAGGUUUAGGUAUUUGACUGUUCAAGAUCAAUUAUCAUGGGACAUCUUUUUGUUACAUGACUCUUGAUUCCGCAUGAUAGUGCUAUAAUAUAUCAAUAAUGCAUGAUUACCGAGCUUUUUUGCUCUGAGUGGCAAAACAUACUAUGUUUUAGACUUCUGUGUGAAGAUCAUGCAAGUGAUUGCCUAUUUUGCCUACCAAUAUGUACUUCUUGAUCAUGACUAAAGCUAGUUGGUAUUCUAUAAUUGAUCAACAAUCGAAUCGAAUCAGGUAAUGGGACAAAAUAGAAGUGAUUAAUCCUUCAAGCAAUUGAGUUGAAGCAUAUACCAUUGGGUUUGUAAAGGCACUAUUGGUCCUUUGAAUUGUUUUCUCUCUUGUUCUCAUUGUAAAAGUCUACUCUAUCAUAGUCAAUAGAUGAUAUUGGUUUAGAAGUAAUGCAAUGUAAGAUUUAGUCAUCACAUGGAAAUAUAUAUUCUGGACUUAUAGUUUCUUAUUCUCUGCUCUUUUAUAUGUUUCAUUUAGCAAGUAGCCUUGUACUAAAGCUAGGCCUACAGGUGGUUGGUUAAUAUGCUAAUCAAAUUACAUUCAUUCAGCGAGGAACGAUGAAUGGAGCUACCACAUCUAGCAGCUUAAAGGUGGCAUUCUCACACUGUGUACAACAAGUCCGGAACUAUGACUACCAUCACUACCUCUGCCUUCUUGAACUUCCCACAAACAUGCGUAGGGCUGGUUUUGCUCUCCGUGCCUUCAACGUCGAGACAUCCAGAGCAAUGGAUCUCACUUCUGACCCCAAAAUUGGCUUGAUGCGUCUUCUUUGGUGGCAGGAGGUCAUUGACAAAAUCUAUAAGAACAAGGUCAUUGAACACCCUACAGCCCAGGCUCUUGCAUCUGUAAUAUCUGAUCAGAAAAUUAGCAAGAGCUGGUUGAAACGGUCUGUUGACGCUCGUAUAAAUGACGCCCAAAGGGAUGCUAGUGAUAUCUAUGAAACAGUAGAAGAGUUGGAGAGAUAUGCUGAAGAUACGUCCUCAACUAUUCUGUAUACAACUCUCCAAGCAGGUGGUAUAAGAUCAACUGCUGCGGAUCAUGCUGCUUCACAUAUCGGCAAGGCAAGUGGUCUACUUUUGCUCAUCAAGGCCCUUCCUUACCACGCCAACCGUCAUCAGCAGUUUUCUUAUAUACCAGUUAAGGUGGCUGAAAAGCAUGGAUUACUAGUAAAGCAAGGAGGGAGGUUGGAGAUACGAACAGAUUCACGUGAGAGACUCAGUGAGGUGGUUUUUGAUAUGGCAUCCACGGCUAAUGCCCAUUUACAGAAGGCCCGUGCCUUGGCUGAAUCAGUUCCUAAAGAAGCUCGAUCAAUACUUUUGCCUGCUGUGCCUUCACAAGUUAUUCUGGAUUCUCUAAGUCGUGUGGGGUUUGAUGUCUUUGACUCGAGGCUAAAUCGAGGGAUUUUGGGCAUUCCUCCUUUGUUGUUCCAGUUGAAACUGAAGUGGCAUUCAUGGAGGGUUGAUGAAUUUAGCAGGGGAAUGAUUCUUAUGGCGUUGGAAGGAGGAUACCUCCUCACCUCCUUAGCAAAAUCAGUAGUUGCUUGCAUAGAAGUGUUACUAGAAGAUAAACCUAUUGCUCAAGAAGAUAAACCUAUUGCUCAAUCUUGAGGUUUAUCCGUUUGAAUCCACAUGGAGGUGAUCAAGCUGGUUCAUGAGGAAUUGAGUGCAUUUUGGCCAAUACUGGCAGAGAAGUUGACCGGUAGAGUAACGCCUCAGGUUCAGGUUCCUGUGUAGGUAUCAAUUUUCUGCCCAAACCUGGAGGGAUGGACAUCAAGUGUGUGACGGGCUCUCUUCCACAACCCCGAUGAUUACGUGAUUGAGAUAAUAUCCAAGUAUUACUUUUGUCGUGGAGUGUCGGAAAAAACCGAAACUGAAUAACCCAUCCAAUUUGAAUGAGUUUAGAGUUUUUCGGUUUGGUUUUCAGUUAUUAUUUAUUUUUAAACUACGGUUAAACCAAAUUAUACAUUUUUGGGUUUUGGGGUUGAAUUGGAGGUGUACCAAAUUCCAUUUUCUAUACCAAUUCAUCAAAUUCACUCUAACCAAUUGUUACAUUAUUUUGGUGUUAGUGAAUAGUAUA